UUGGCAGUGUGACCGAGUUAUUUCCGGAGUUGUCAGUGUGAGGAAUUUGUUAGAGACGAGAUUAUGUCUUUUCCUCUAGUUAGACGCUGUGCCUGUGUUUUUUUCAUUAGUCUGCUUGGUUUAAAUGUGCUGUUUGGAGAAAAAGUUAAAUUUAAACCUUCACCUCCGCAGACAGCUGUCCGCCUCUUUACCGACACCGAAUUGGCCAAAUACAAUGGAGAGGAGAAAGAUCAACCCAUCUAUAUGGCAAUUAAGGGAGUCGUGUUUGAUGUGACUUCAGGAAAAGACUUUUAUGAAAAAGGUGGCCCAUACAAUGCACUGGUGGGGAAAGACUCUACUCGUGCUGUGGCAAAAAUGUCCUUGGAACCUGAAGACCUGACACACGACACGACUGGACUCACUGAAGAGGAACUGAAUUCUCUUGAUGAUGUAUUCAAUGACUUGUACAAGACCAAGUAUCCUAUUGUUGGCUACACAGCACGUCGAAUUCUUAAUGAAGAUGGCAGCCCCAACAAAGAUUUUAAGCCUGAAGAUCAGCCCCACUUUAGCAUUAAAGAUGAGUUUUGAUCCCUGUUUUGUAUUGAAAUAUUUUUCAUGAUUUUUGUAUUAGUAAUUUUGUAUUUAGUAUCUGUAGUCUAUACAGUACAUUGUAUAAAGUUUUUAUAUUGUAAGAGAAGAAAAAUGGUUUCCUGUGAGUUUCCACGUUGGGCAGUAACCCCUUCAAAAAUCAAGUACUGUUGUCUUGAACUGUGAUAUGAAAAUUGAUUUCAGUUUUAUAGGCAGUCCAUUAAUAAAAGUCAGAUAUCUUGUCAAAACUAGGAAGGGAGUUCCUAACAAAUAAAGCCAGUAUAUUUAAGACCUAAGCUUUUCUUGUAUAACAUUUAAUAAACUGUUUGUAAAGUUGUGACUUUUGUUAACAACACAAGUUGCAGCAUGGAUCUUGCAACUGCUCCUGUGAUUAAAGGCUUACUUGAAGAUUUAUUAUAGUUAUGUCGCACUAAAGUAAGACUCUUAUUCACUUGUUUCAAUAACAUUAAAAAAAAUUUAAAAACCAAGAAAAA